AUGUUUAGUCGAGACGAGCAAGUGUCACCACCAAUCAUAAAUAUGGCUGAUCUCUAUGCUUAUGAAGAGUUAGCAGAUACCGAUGAUGAUGAUGAGAUACAUGGUGAUGACGACACGACAGACGCCGAAAUGUCUGAUACAGAAACGGAAUCGUCAGAUGAAACAAUGUCCGAGGUUUAUUCACCGCAUAUAACGGAUGACGAAUUUGCAGAUAACGAAAUGGAAUCGUCAGAUACCGAUGAUACCAUGCUUGAUUCACCGUUUAUAUAA